AUAAUGGUUUAGUUAUUUAGUCAAAUAAACGUAGCUUGUAGUAAAGCCAUCCAAACAGCAGGCGGCGGCAGAGGCGGGAAUUCAUACGGAAGUGGUUCGUGUCAGCAAGGAAGACAAUUUCCACCAUCGGUUUCUGCCCUAUAUAGUUCACCAUGAAUCCGCUAACGAAGGUGAAGUUGAUCAACGAACUGAAUGAGCGUGAGGCCGACCUCGGGGUGAAAGAGUCUGUUUCCUGGCACACCGAGUACAAAGACAGCGCCUGGAUAUUUGUCGGAGGAUUUCCAUACGAGCUGACUGAAGGUGAUAUCAUCUGCGUCUUCUCUCAGUAUGGAGAGAUCGUUAACAUCAACCUGGUGCGCGACAAGAAGACGGGGAAGUCCAAAGGUUUCUGCUUCAUCUGCUACGAGGACCAGAGGAGCACCAUCCUGGCCGUGGACAACUUCAACGGCAUCAAGAUUAAAGGUCGGACCAUUCGCGUGGAUCACGUCAAAGACUACCGUCCUCCCAAAGACACGGAGGACAUCGACGACGUGACCAAACAUCUGAGGGAGGACGGCUGCGCUCCCAAAGCCCGCGAGUCCUCGUCCUCCUCAGAGGAAGACGAGCAGUACGCCAUCCCCGUGAAGAAGCCCAAAAAAGACAAGAAAGAGAAGAAGAAAAAGAAGAAAGAGAAGAAGGAGAAGAAGAAGAAGGCCGAGAAGGAGAGAGAGAGGGGGGGCCAGGCGCUGCACUCUUCCUCUUCCUCACCUCCUCUUCCUCCUCCUGCCGUCAGAGUCAAAGAGGAGAAGGAGGACGCCGCCUACAACAAGUACAACCAAAGGGGGGCGCCACCAGGAGGACAACAGAACGGACAGAGGGCGAGGGAGAACGAGAGACUCCGGGGGGGAGAGGAGAGGAGAGAGACAGACAGGGAGAGAGAGGAAGACAGGAGGAGAGAGGAAGACAGGAGGAGAGAGACAGACAGGGACAGCGAUAGAAGAAGAGAGACGGACAGAGAUAAUGAUAGAAGAAGAGAGACGGACAGAGACAGCGAUAGAAGAAGAGAGACAGACAGAGAAAGCGAUAGAAGAAGAGAGACAGACAGAGACAAUGAUAGAAGAAGAGAGGGACAGAGAAAGCGAUAGAAGAAGAGAGACGGACAGAGACAAAUAGAAGAAGAGAGGGACAGAGAAAGCGAUAGAAGAAGAGAGACGGACAGAGACAAUGAUAGAAGAAGAGAGACAGACAGAGAUAAUGAUAGAAGAAGAGAGACAGACAGAGACAAUGAUAGAAGAAGAGAGACGGACAGAGACAAUAUAGAUAAUGAUAGAAGAAGAGAGACAGACAGGGACAGCGAUAGAAGAAGAGACGGACAGAGAAAGCGAUAGAAGAAGAGAGACGGACGGAGAGACAGAGAUAAUGAUAGAAGAAGAGAGACAGACAGGGACAAUGAUAGAGAAGAGAGGGACAGAGAUAAUGAUAGAAGAAGAGAGACGGACAGAGACCGUCCCCGUAAACACUGAGCGUCUGCAGUAAACUGAUGAUGUAAAAACGUGUAAAUGUUCUGUGGAAUGUAAAUAUGGAGUCCUGCUAGCGCCCUCUAGAGGCAGCGGCGUUCAUCACACAACACGCUGCUUUAUUCUUAGCGGCCGUUCAAACUGAAAACAGCAGCGUUAAACGAUCCAGAGUCCAGAUCUCAGGCACACGGAGUACGUAACGUCUCUCCUAACCCCAGAGCAAGAUGGCCGCCAGAGAGAAAUGCGUCUGGAGCACAGGCGGUGACAUCCUCCCAUCCAGAAAAGUUCGAUGUUUGAGUUUUGUAAUAAAAAGAAACGUCUUAACCUUUGGCA